AUGAGUGAAACAAAAUCAAAGGAGAGCCAACAAAAAUAGAAUUUAAUAAUGAUAGGAGGAUAAUAUGCUUUAAAAAGUUGUAUAUAUAGAGGAAGAAUUCAUAAUCUAUAUUUAGGUAAGUAUAUAUGAUAUAUGUUAUAAGCGAUAAACAAAUAGCAUCCAGAAAAUUACUUUAUAGUGCGAUUAGUAAUGUAUAAAAGUGUUUAAAUUUAUUGUUAGUUCAUUUACUUGAUAGGCUAACACAAACAUAGACAGCAUCUAAGAGGAAGAGAAGCUGUUGAAAAAAUGGAAUAUUGGUAUAAAAAGUAAGUUAUGAAUUUAAGUGACAUUCAUGCCAACAGUAUUAGCUUCAGGAGAUAUUCGACUAUAAAAUACAAACUAUUAUUAUUAAGUAUUUGAC